AUGGAUAGAUUGAAGUGCCCCAGCUUCUUCAAGUGCAGGAGAAAAGAGAAAGUGACAGCCUCAUCUGAGAAUUUCCAUGUUGAUGACAAUGAUGAGAACCAGGAGCGUGGUAACUGGUCCAAAAAAUCGGAUUAUCUUCUAUCCAUGGUUGGAUAUGCUGUGGGAUUGGGAAAUGUGUGGAGAUUCCCCUUUCUGACUUACAACAAUGGCGGAGGCGCCUUCUUGAUCCCCUACACGAUUAUGCUGGCAUUGGCUGGUUUGCCUCUGUUCUUCUUAGAGUGUUCUCUGGGACAGUUUGCUAGCUUAGGCCCGGUUUCCGUGUGGAGAAUCCUUCCAUUGUUUCAAGGUGUGGGAAUCACAAUGGUCUUGAUAUCCAUUUUUGUGACCAUUUAUUACAAUGUCAUAAUUGCCUAUAGUCUUUACUACAUGUUCGCUUCUUUUCGAAGCCAACUACCAUGGGCUACUUGUGGUUCCUGGUCAGAUGAAAACUGCAGCAGAUCACCUAUAGUAACUCACUGUAAUGUGAACACCACUGAUGGGCUCAUCCACGUUAAUAGAACCUGGCUAGAUAUCAACAAUGCUACUUGCCUCAAUGGCAGUGAAGUUUAUGUGCCAGGGCAGCUUCCCAGUGAACAAUAUUGGAACAAAGUGGCACUCCAGCGGUCAAGUGGAAUGGAGGAGACUGGAGUAGUCGUGUGGUAUUUAGCCCUUUGCCUUCUCCUGGCUUGGCUUAUAGUUGGAGCAGCACUAUUUAAAGGGAUCAAGUCUUCCGGCAAGGUGGUAUAUUUUACAGCACUUUUCCCUUAUGUUGUCCUUUUCAUCCUGUUAAUUCGAGGGGCGACUCUCGAGGGUUCAUUGAAAGGCAUUUCAUAUUACAUCGGAUCCCAGUCAAAUUUCACAAAACUUACAGAAGCCGAGGUUUGGAAAGAUGCUGCCACUCAAAUAUUUUACUCCCUUUCCGUGGCGUGGGGGGGCUUAGUUGCUCUGUCAUCUUACAACAAGUUCAAUAACAACUGCUUCUCUGAUGCUAUUGUAAUUUGCUUGACAAACUGCCUCACGAGUGUGUUUGCUGGAUUUGCUAUUUUUUCUAUAUUGGGACAUAUGGCUCAUAUAUCUGGACAGGAAGUUUCACAAGUUGUAAAACAAGGUUUUGAUUUGGCAUUCGUUGCCUAUCCAGAAGCUCUAUCCCAACUCCCUGGUGGCCCGUUUUGGUCCAUAUUAUUUUUCUUCAUGCUCUUGACUUUGGGUCUCGACUCUCAGUUUGCUUCCAUUGAAACCAUCACAACGACGAUUCAAGAUUUAUUUCCGAAGCUGAUGAAGAAAAUGAGGAUUCCCGUCACUUUGGGUUGCUGCUUGGUUCUGUUUCUCCUUGGUCUCGUCUGUGUAACUCAGGCUGGAAUUUACUGGGUCAAUCUGAUUGACCACUUCUGUGCUGGAUGGGGUAUUUUGAUUGCAGCUAUACUGGAAAUAGUAGGAAUCAUCUGGAUUUAUGGAGGGAACAGAUUCAUUGAUGAUAUAGAAAUGAUGAUUGGAGCAAAGAGGUGGAUAUUCUGGCUGUGGUGGAGAGCUUGCUGGUUUGUCGUUACUCCUGUCCUUUUGAUUGCAAUUUUUAUCUGGUCAGUGGUGACAUUUCAUAAACCUACAUAUGGCGAAAUCAAGUAUCCUGAUUGGGGAAUUGCUGUAGGCUGGAGUCUAAUUAUUUUCUGCAUUAUUUGGAUUCCAAUCAUGGCUACCAUAAAAAUAGUUCAAGCUAAAGGAAACAUCUUUCAACGUAUUGCAAGCUGCUGCAGACCAGCUUCUAACUGGGGUCCAUACUUGGAACGACAUCGUGGAGAGAGAUAUAAAAGCAUGGUAGAUCCUAAAAAAGAAAUCGACCAUGAAAUGCCCACUGUUAGUGGCAGUAGACCACCAGAAUGA